AUGCUGAAUACUUCAUUAAACUAUGGCAGAUCACACAAUGAAUAUUUAAGAAUCAUUAGUAGCGAAGGCGAAGCUCCUGAGUGGUCGAAGAUACAAAGGUGGAAUUCUAAAUACAACGCGGCUUCGAAGUGGGCAUUGUCAUGGAAAUCUAUUGUACGCUCGAGUCUAGGGGCUACCGCCUACCCAUACUGUCUAUAUAUACGCUCGCUCGAUUUGACCAAUCUGUCGAAUCUCCUCGAGGAUAGUACCUUUCAAAUGUCUGCGAUGGACAACUUUUUCGCUCAUGAAAUGGCAAAGUUCUCAAGUGUAGAUGGAACACUUAGAAGACGCUCCAUGAGAGGACCACAAGUCCGACUCAAUACUACAAAGAUUCUUGAUCUUAUAGGGGAAUCUAUUACAAGAUAUGUUAGCGAACGUGCGGACGAAAACCAGACAACAGUCACUUUAGAGAAUCUCUCUGGGGAUAUUACAUCAAUUGCAUUACCAACAUGGGUGGGACGUUUAUCGAGGUUGAAAUCUAUGACUAUUUGGGAUGGAAAAUCUUUGAACAAAAACGUAGCGACAGUUAUAUCCAAUAAAUGCCCCAACUUCGACGAAAUACGCAUAUUCGUCUGUUCAGAUGAUACGGAUCACAAUCCGGCCUCGUUCAUAAAAGGACUCAGACAAGACAGUCUUCAUUCCCUCGAGGUCUUGUCUAAUUGUAGAGUUGGUCCAACAUUUUUGACUGCCUUGACCCAUCAUUCUGGAUCGCUGAAAAGUUUAAGGCUACAGAGCCUCAAUGUGGAAGCCAUCAAGAGUCUCAACAUCCUUCAAAGUUGCACUUUGCUUGAGACACUUGACCUAGAAGACAGUCAGCAUACUGUGGACUUAGAAGCUACAGAAAACGACGUAUUCCUUGACAUUGUCGAAUGGUUAGGACGGUGUGAGAAGCUCCGAGAAUUGGUCCUGAAUAGAAUUGUUUGUGCCCCGGCCGUUCUGAAGCAAGUUUGUUCACGAAACAACAUUCGACUACGCAGAUUAGUAGUCACCGGCCCCGCUCUCGUCAGUGAUACGGACUUUCAUAGAGCAAUUUCUAAUCAGACUGACCUCGAGGUUCUUGAACUCCGGGGUGGCUCGGACGAGGUCUUCAGAGUCAGAGACGAUAUCGACAACCUCCUCGCAUCAAUCUGUCAGCUCACUAAGCUCAAGGGACUUACACUUAUGGAAUCAUUCGAGUAUUUCAGCAGCAACGAAAUCAAACGUCUCGCAAAAAGCCUACCCCUUCUAGAAAAGUUUCACUUUUCAGGCUAUGGCAUUGGAGAUGAAAUCUUACCAUGUUUAUCUAACCUUCAUAAUCUGCGAGACGUGUCCAUCGCUGCAAUUUCCAACUUUACCCUUGGUGGCUUGCUGGCCUACGUGUCGACUUUACGCGAUUCAAACCAAGGUCUCGUACUUUCAGUCAUGAGUCAGAAUUCGGACCAGGAUCUCGCACCCUUAGAGCAGCAGCUCAUUCGAGAAGGUAUGAUUGCAAAGGUAGAUGGCAAGUUCGACUUUGCACUGCUGAGAGAGGUGGCUGAAUCGGAGUUUGAUUCUGCAUCUGAUUAG